AUGGCAGUGAACGUGUACUCAACGUCGGUCACCAGCGAUAACCUCAGUCGACAUGACAUGCUGGCCUGGAUCAAUGAGUCUCUGCAGUUGAAUCUGACAAAGAUUGAACAGUUAUGCUCAGGGGCUGCCUAUUGUCAGUUUAUGGACAUGUUGUUCCCUGGCUCCAUUGCCUUGAAGAAAGUGAAAUUCCAAGCUAAGCUAGAACAUGAAUACAUCCAGAACUUCAAAAUACUACAAGCAGGUUUUAAGAGGAUGGGUGUUGACAAAAUAAUUCCUGUGGACAAAUUAGUAAAAGGAAAGUUUCAGGACAAUUUUGAAUUCGUUCAGUGGUUCAAGAAGUUUUUUGAUGCAAACUAUGAUGGAAAAGAGUAUGACCCUGUAGCUGCCAGACAAGGUCAAGAAACUGCAGUGGCCCCCUCCCUUGUUGCUCCCGCUCUGAACAAACCGAAGAAACCUCUCAGCUCUAGCAGUGCAGCUCCACAGAGGCCCAUUGCAACACACAGAACUACUGCAACCCCCAAGGCUGGCCCAGGUGUGGUGCGGAAGAAUCCUGGUGUAGGGAAUGGAGAUGACGAAGCAGCUGAGCUGAUGCAGCAGGUCAACGUAUUGAAGCUUACUGUUGAAGACUUGGAGAAGGAGAGAGACUUCUAUUUUGGAAAGCUGAGGAACAUUGAGUUGAUUUGCCAGGAGAACGAGGGGGAGAACAACCCUGUGCUGCAGAGGAUCGUGGACAUUCUCUACGCCACAGACGAAGGCUUCGUGAUACCUGAUGAAGGGGGCCCACAGGAGGAACAAGAAGAGUAUUAA